AUGGAGGUUGCUAUUGGCUUUCUUCAAGAGAUAAGAACGCUUUUAGAAGAUGCACGUCGCUACCUUUCCCAAGCCGAGGAUGAAGAUCCAUUCACGCGGGAUGAUACGCUGCAAUAUGCCUCUAGGAGUCUUCGUACAGCCUGGACUGUAUACAAUCGGCUUGGAGCGCAGAUUAGUAGGGUCACCACUCAAGCUGCGAAAGACACUCUACUGUCAGAUCAACUCAAGGUCAAGACAGAGCUGGAGGAACUUGGAAACCUAAUAGAUGUGUCAAAGGUUGCUUCGAAGCCCACUGGGUUUAGUCCGGCGCCCGCAACGCAUGGUCAGCGGGAGUACCACCCCGCACUUAUGAGUAGUCUCUGCAGACAAGAGGAUGAGCUUAAACGGGCCAAGGCUCAGGCUCAUGCCGCUCUAGAGACUGGCGCAGAUCUGCUUGACAACCUCAAUGCACAGAAAGAGACGAUUGAGCACGCACGGGCAGGCGGAGAGCGAGCAGAAGAAGCCUUCUUUGAGGGCAUCCUGGCAGCUAAGCGGAUUAAGCGUACGGUUGACAAGCAUCGUAUCAUUAUGACCACUCUUUUAUCUGUGUUGGGGGUUGGGACAUUAACCGUUAUUAUUGUGGGCCUUUUAAAACGCUAG